CCGAAACCCGGAAAGAGAUAGCGGCGAGUCCAACUGACAAGGGACCAACGACGGUCGUCCGACCUCAACGAACAAAAGAAGAGUCAACACGUGGAAAGUCGAUUGAUAGACCGUUCCGUCGAAAACCACCUCAACUCGCUAGUAGCAAGAUACCGACCAACGACGACCACUUCCUAGGCACUUUAGUUUACCGGGACUAAACACCGGACAUCCGAGGCCUCGAGACAAAAUCGGAGCCAUUCAACCACUCAUGCUCACCCAACCAACAAAUCACUAGCAAGAAAAGAUGGAAGACCUGUGGAAGCCAUUACUCGACAACACUACACUAGCAGCGCUUCUACAGAGGCUGAACGAUAUCACCCCCUCACAAUGGUGCCAAGCCUACUACCUCUUUGCCGCGGGCGCGGUGGUGGCCGUAGCAGCCAUGCCCAAUGAAGUGAGCAGGAGGCUGGUUGAUUAUGGGGCGAGGAAAGUUCAGUCCGUAAAGGUGUCUCGGUCUGGGUCUAGAUCUUCUGAGGGGAAAGAGGAGAACGACACCGGCAGGGGCACGGGAAGUGAAGCCGAAGUCAAAGCCAAAGCCAACCGUGUGGAGCGUGGCGGCGACAAGAACUGGUUGCUCUCCUUAACCGACACCCUCACCUCCUACGGCCAAGUUCCGCACUCCUGGUUCAUCACGUUUUACGUGGCAUCUAUGGCAUGCUCGCUGUUAUGGUUUUGGCAGUUUGCUGUUGAUGGGAGGGUGUUGAGGGUGGUUACUUGCAGUCAAGCCUCGCCUACGGCGAAGGGGGGAGAUGAAAGAGGAGGAGUGUCGGCGUCUUCAGUUACUCUCGGUCAAGUCGGCCUGGCCUGGACGAUGAUGUUCCUCCAGGGAAGCAGACGGCUGUAUGAAGACUCGUUGGUGCACGGAAAGUCCAAAUCUACCAUGUGGAUCGUGCAUUGGGUUUUGGGGCUCAGUUAUUAUCUGUUUACCAGCGUGGCUGUUUGGGUUGAGGGAUCUGGGGCCAUACUGGAGUACCAAUCCACAGGAGCAAUCGAUUAUACCAUGCCAUCUUUCAAGUCGUUGGUUGGAACCUUCAUGUUCCUCUACGCUUCAGUCAACCAGUACAGAUGUCACAGGCACCUCGCCGGGUUGAAGAAGUACUCCCUUCCUGAUCUGGGCCUGUUCCGCUACCUGAUCUGUCCUCACUACUUCUGCGAAUGUCUGGUCUACCUUUCACUCGCGAUCGUUGCCGCUCCCCAGGGAGAGCUGCUUAACAAGACGCUCUUGUGCGCUUUGGUGUUUGUCGUGGUCAACCUCGGGGUGACGGCAGCGGGUACGCGGAAGUGGUACGCCGAGAAGUUUGGGAGCAAGGCGGUAGAAACAAAAUGGGACAUGAUACCCUUCAUUUUGUGAUUCUUCUCCUCUGCUUCUUCGUUUGUCUGUUCGAACUCACGGACGACGGUUAAACAUAGGACCCAGCUUGCUCCCCAGCUUGGAGACUUUCAGAACAUCGCGAUACGUGAGGCUGACCCGGACUCCCCUCUGGUUUUCCCCGUUUUGGUACAGCGACGGCUCGCGGAGAAGACUCCAGUUUGCAAUGGUCCGCUCCGACAUGUUCACGUCGGCCGAAAGAGGGUCAAUGCCAUGAAGGUAUUCAGUGUACAGGUCCGCGGUGGUAAUUAACAAGCUGCGCGGCUCUUGGAGAAUUCUCCACACGGGCUCCGAAUCAAGGGCCCCGUCUUCUUUGGCCUUGUAGAGGUUGAGGCACAGACUCGAUCCAAGGCUCACUGUGCAAACCACGGGGUGGUAUGCCGCUCCGUCCUUGUGCGGCAUAAUGCCCGUGUUAGGAGGGUAUUCGUUAAUAAGGACGUGGUUAGGCCGGCCGUGGGGGCUAUCCGCGAAGAUGUGCUGCUGCUGCUGCUUCUCUUUCUCAUCGCCACUGCUAUCGGAUGAGGACGGCAAAACUGGGACGGAGAGCAAACGCGAGAUGAUCGGUUCUUCUAGCCAAGCUGGUAAUGGUUGGCCAUCUAAGAGGGUAUUUUUAACCAGAUCCGAAGGCCAUGUUUGAAGUCGGCGAUGGGUCAGUUGACGCCAUCUUGCUUUAGGAGCCCUCUCAACCUUUUUUUGGCCCGUCAUGGUGAUUAGAGAAUGAAAAAGGGAGCCAGGGAACAACAAGCUAGUCAUGAUGAUACCUUUUCAAGAAUCUUCUGUUCCUCCUCUUCACUGAUGAAAUCCGCAAUGUAAUAAGCCGAGGGCGGCAGGCCUGCUAUACGGCUCGCCUCGAGGGAAGGCGGCAGGCUGAACUGGGAGGACGCCAUUGUAUCGUUCGUCGCCCACUAUUUGAUGCUAUUUGGUCGCUCGUUGAUGGUGAUGUUGAGGCUCUAAACAGCGAUCGAUGGGAGAGACGAUCGAUAGAAGGUGGAUAAG